GCACUUGUUAUCCUCUGUGCCAAUGACGUCACUCCCAAAUAAAAGCCAUUUGUUUUGAUGAUUUUUAUACGUUUUUCGCUAAAUUCCACCUUCUUUUUCCACUUUCUCACGUGAUAAGGUGCGUGAUAGUGCUUAUUGAGUCAAAUUUUGGUGAUUUGUAGUGGUGUGAUAGUGAUUUUAUGGGCAAAAAUGUUGACAGAAAUGUUGGUGCGACUGGAGGGGAGCCAGUUGUGUAAACACCAUCAUAGCAAACUCAGAGAAAAACAAAUGGCUGAUGACUUGUGAACGCGAUAGCUUGAGUUGGUGAAAAAAAUUGAAAAUACUGCAGAAAAGUGUUGAGAAAAUUUGUGGAAAGUGAUAAAACAGUUGCCGAGCACCACAAUAGACGAUUGUGUGAUAAGAAAAACAGUGAUCAAGGGAUAUUUUGGCUAGAAAUUGUGAUAUUUGUUUGACCACAUUGUUUCAUUGUGAAAUUGUCUUUCUCUGCAAAACAACUUUUGUGUUUUUCUCCAAUUUGCGGGCACAGUAAUUGGUUAAAUUUAGUAUUGACGAGUGGAAAAACCCAAUAGGUGACUUUUAUUGGAUGAUUUUUCACCUUUUUCAUCCUCUUUCGCAUUGUUUUUUGGAUUUUUCUCACUUGGUCGGAGUUUGCCUUUGUAUUGGAUAUUUUUUUGUUAUUUGAGAAGGAGCAAAGUGAGUGAAAAUUGGUGAAUUUUGAGGAUUUUAUUAAUAACAAUGGACUUUGGGGGUACACCCUCCAUCGAGACAGAGACAUAAAGAAAAACUUGUGUAGGCCCAGAGACGUUCAAUAUAAUGAAUGAUAAUCACAUCUACACAAGCAGUGACUUCUUCGACAGUAAUUCCUCGCAGGGGCGUCUUGUGGUGAAGGUGGAGCCAGGUCUCCUGGGCACGGGCGGUGAUCUGGAGGAUCUCGGGGCAAAUAAUUCAGGUGGUGUCAAUAGUGGUACAGACUAUUGCGCCAUGGACACACUGAAAGACAAUCCAAUGAUGACCACCGCCUCGAUGCCGAUCCCUUCGCGUGGAUCAACUCGCAUGAAUUUCGAUUUUUCUGACUUUGGCUUCGAUUUUGACUCAUCUCAGGAUAUCACAAUGCAGUUGAAUCCAUUGGGUGCCACCAGUGCCAGUAUGUACGCAGAUAUGCAACCGACCAAUUCAACAAUGUGGAGUGAUAUUGGGGCUGCAAUGGUCACCACAAAGUCUGAGCCCUUUCACAUGGAUGACGAUGAUAUCUUCCAAGUCGAUAAGGCGGAUUUGAUUCAAGAGGACCUGAAUAUAGAUGAUCUUAUUCUGCCGGAGGAGCCAUCGUACAUGAUGGAUGGACACAAUUUGCACCAGAUGCAAACAGCCACGACCAGCCCACUGAAUUCAUCCCUGUCACCACAGCCAUCCAUGGGGAUUAAUCAGUCGGGCAGUUUGAAUUCUGUGGGGAGUCUACAUCAACCCCUGACGCAGCAAUUAAAUCUCUUCACUCUCCAAUCUCCAACAAUUUCCAUUGGACGCGAUGCUCUGUAUGACGAACGCACCAAUACCUCAUCUAGUCCCUUUGACACCAACGCAUUCACACCAACCAAAUCACUCAACUCCAGUCUUGCCUUUUCCCCGGGUAGUCAUCACAGCAGUAAUUCCUCCCUGCUACAGAAUUCCGUUACACCACCACCCAAGAGUCAGAGUAGCGGAAAGCCCAGCACUUCCCACAGCAAGAGAUCCACUCUUCAUGAUCUCUUGCGCAAAGACACUUCGCAGGCUUCCGUCUCUGUAUCCGUGCCACGUUCAUCGGGUUUAGUUAUGCCCGGUAAUGCCCUUAGUCCCGGUGCUCCGGGUCCACGAAAUCGUGGUAUGAGCCAUGUAUUGUCCAAUCAGAGCUUCGCCUCGUCCAGAUUGUCAUCAUCUGCACCGACGCAUCUUGGAUUGGAGCAAAUCUGGCAGAGGCGGGAACCCAGGCAACAUCUUCUGUCAACAGGAAGCAUGGCUGAAGCUGGAUCUACGUCAUCCCUGAGCACGGGGGGUGUCUUGAGUCCCGAGGCGCCAGAUUUCUCCCAAGAUGAGGGUUACUCUGAUGACGAUAGUGAUCACUACGAGGACUAUUCCACGGACAAUGACUCUGAUGACGAAUCCAAGGGCAACGGGGCCAGUGGCAGCAAGAAGGAGCGCUUCUUCUGGCAGUACAAUGUGCAAGCCAAGGGGCCCAAGGGACAGAGAUUGGUGAUUAAGACACAUAUUGAGGACCCUCAUGUACUGAAUGAGGUCACAGAUCCCGUCUUCAGUCCACACUGUUCUGUGCGAGGAAUUAAGCACAGCGGAAAGGCCAGAAAGGGUGAUGGUAAUGACUUGACGCCAAAUCCGCGCAAAUUGAACAAUAUUGGGAAGGAAUUGGAUAAAUUGGGGAGGAUCAUUAAUGAUAUGACACCAGUGAGUGAGUUGCCUUUCAAUGUGAGACCAAAGACGAGGAAGGAGAAGAACAAAUUGGCGUCUCGUGCGUGUCGUUUGAAGAAGAAGGCGCAACAUGAGGCGAAUAAGAUAAAAUUGUUUGGACUGGAACAUGAGCACAAACGACUGAUUAAUGGUCUUCAGCAGUUGAAGCAGGUCCUGAUUGUGAAAUGCAGCAAACCAGUAUCUGAUAACACAGAAGAAUCGAGUCAACAAAUUGACAAGAUAGUCAAAUCAGCAACAAAAGUGAAAAUUGCUGGUAGCUCGACGGAGUUUGUCAACAAAAUUCUAGAUCGAGUUAAGGCAGGGGACCCAAAUGGUGGUCUUGAUGAAUUAUGAAAGGAUGAGUAAUUGUCCAUUUUUUAAGAGGAGGACAUUUACUUGAUUUCUUUACUUGAUAAGCAGUUUACUUUUUUUUUUUUAAUUUCUAUUACUGAGUUUAUAUCUUUUUCUUAUAAUUUGUAUAAGGAGAGAAGAGUACCUUUGAUUGUUAAAAGCCAGGAUAUUUCUAAUGAUUUGUUUUUUUUACUGUUUUGUUUACUAUUUUUUUGUUGUUGUGCCACCAUAAAAUUAGGUUUUAGUGAUGGAUUUUUUAAGGAGAAAAAAAAAACCAGUUAGGAUUUAAUGAAACCAAAUAUUUUUUCUACUGCUUUAAAGGCGUCAAGAUGGAGUAUAAUUGUAAAGAAAAGAUAGUCAAGUUGAUUUACUAUUAUUUUUUUUUUUGAGGUUAUUUUUGAUCUUUAAGUUUAAUGAACUAAAUUGAGAGAUUUUUUAAGUUUGAAUACUUAUUCAGAUUCGUAGCUUUUGGGCCUAUGUCAUUUUUAAAGUUUCUUUUCUUAAUAUAGGUGAAAUUAUUAAGAAUAUCACCUAGUACGUAGAUUUAAGGGGCUAUUCAACUUAGCGAUUUUCUACGUAUUGAUCCGCUGCUGGGAAAUGUGACUUAUCCUCAAAAAGACAGAAAAUGUUCAGUAGCUGAAAGGAAAAUUAAAUUUGUCUGAGAGCCGGUGAUAAUAUAUCCAAGAGAUUAAAUUGAAAAUUACGAAGAGAAAACUCUAACUUAGAAGGAUUAUUUUUUACAGGAUAAAACCCAAAGAUUUGGAUUGCAAAAGCGAAACAAUUUGAUUUCGAUUAUUGUGAGGUUAUGAAAAAUUACUGAACUUCAAAAUUCACUUUUCUUGGUUAUGUUCUUAUAAUUUGGUAAAAAAAAGUUUAUCUAAAAAAUGAGGUUAUGCGUGCCAUAACCUAAAAACACUUUCUUUAAGUUUGAUGAAAAAUUCAAUUUUCUUUCAGAAAUCAAAAAUAUGCAAUCUCUAUUUCGAAAUUUGACCAAUGCUUUAAAAUAAUUUAAUUGAUUGAUUUACUUAUUGUCAUCUUUAUAUAUUUUUGUAUCACUCACCAUACGGCCAUAGCCGUGUUAGCGUCGAUUCUAACCUUCAGGACGGAAACGAUGAAAUCUUCCUUCACUAGUUGUAUGUUUUGCGACCAUACAUAAACACGUAGGUCACAUUACACGGUUGUAGGUUACAUUAAAAAUGACAGUAAUAUGUUUUGUUAGUGAGGUUAGAAUUUAUAAUUUUUUCAAUUUAAAUAACUCUUAUUUAUUUUGUUUUUGUCAUGGGCAAAUAAUUUUUAAAAGUUCUUUUGAGCGGAGAGUUACGAGGUUAUGCUACACAAAAUGCAUCUUGAAUUUUAAAGGUUAGGUUCAACAUAACCUAAAACUUUUCGAAUUAUCGUAUUUAUCAAUUAACACUAUGAAGUCCAAUAUUAGAUUACUUGCCUGGGCCACAAUUCUAAAGUGCAUGUAGUCAUGACUAGUAGCUCUAGCCCUACUACUAGGUACUACACUCAGAAAAAAAGAGCGUGCGAUUAACAUUUUUUCCUCAGAACUUUAACUUUUUUAGGUGUAAAAAUAUAUCAACAUUUUUUAAUGUUAAUUUUACUCCUUUUUAAGGAUAAAAUUAACAUGAAAAAGGGUAAGUUUAACCCCUAAUACACCUAAAAAGGGUAAUAUUUACACCGACUGCAGGGUAAAAUUAACAUUUCCGGAAUGUUAUUUUAACUUUUUCGGAUUUCUCUCAGUGUAGCUUUACAAGAAAUAUCAACAAUAUUUUAAAAAUUUCAGUACAUCAAAUAUAAUUCUAAUGAAGAUAUUGAAACACGCUACCUUCGGACGACUUAAAUUUCAGACAAUUCAUUUUUUUUACUAUGUUCUUCAUGGAUUUGACCCAUGGUUCUUUUCAGGAAAUUUUGAGGCACUGGACUUGCUAUUGAAUUAUAUAGGGUAAAAUGAGGUAAUUUGGAACAAUUUGGGACAUUUGAGAUUUUCUCACUGGUUGUAGACAUUCAAAAGGAAGAAAUCUGUUCCUUUUCUUCUUAAACGUCUUUUUCUUCUAUUUUGCAGUCUUUGUUUUCUCUUUGCUCAUCUGAAACAGUGAGAAAAUCUCAAGUGUUCCAAGUUGUUAAUGGUUCCAAAUUACCUCAUUUUACCCUAGUAGUCUCUCGCUCAAUCGGUUCUUUUUCAAUCGGGCCAAAAAUUUUGUUGACAAUUUUCACAUUUAAUUAUAAAACUUAAUUUGCUCAAAUUUGCUACAGUUCUUCCAAUUUCAUCUUGAUUCUUUAUAAAUUGAACGCUUUUUGUGGAAUUUACAAAGAUUUUGACGCCCAAAUCUAUCGAUAAAUCGGAUGACAUUUCGCCUCAAAUGCCCAUUUGAAAGAGAGUCUACCGUUAUUAAAAAAAAAAAAAAAACAUACAAAAAAACCUUUAGGAUUUCUAAAAUUACUAGUAAUUAAUUUAAAAUGAGUUUUAAAUUUUUGGGACUCUGCCACAAACAAUUGCUAUCUUAUGAACACACAUAACCUAAAUCGAAUUAAUUUAAUGGCUAAAUAUGAAAUCCUGAAUCAAGUAUUUUCAUUUUAAGGCCUCUACACAUUGGCAAAAAUUUUCGUAAAAAGUGCAUUUUUGACAUAAUUGUGACGUUUUCACAGCAGUGCAGACGAUUUCUUAAAAAAAAGCAGUUUUGACGAAAAUUUGUCUCAAUGUGUAGAGGCCUUUAUGGUUCAGAAGUUCAGUAGUUCAAUGGGAAAAAUCGGAACUGUGAAGCAGAGGACCGCUUUUCAAUCCUCAAUUGAAUUGCUUCUGGUGAAAAUUAAAAAAAAAAAACAAUUUUCAUCGCGUCACAUAGAAUGGAAAGCAAGAACAAGAACUUUACAGUACCCGCAGACAUGAAAAGGUAAAGAGAAGACAUGUCAAAAAAAUUAACAAUUAUUUAUUGGAAGGAUAGGUUAUGUUAAAUAUAACCUCAACAUAGAAUUUAAAAUGGAAGAGAACAUGACCAUAUCGUAUAAACAGCAAAUAUUUUUUUUUGCAUUGAUAUCCUCAAUCUUCUAUUGAUUUUUAAAGCCAUUUAGCUUUACAGUUACAUUAUACUAAUGGCCUAGACAGACUUGUGUUUUAAGCCGAGAGAUGGCUUAACGUAAUUAUAAUCAAAAUAAUGAUUUGGCUAAAUUCUCAUAAGUUUCCCACUAACUAAGUCGUUUCUCGGGUUAAGCCGAGAGACGGAUUAGUCAGAAACUGAUGGUAGGGGAGAUGGGGCACCUUCGAAAUUGGGAGUUUUCACCUACGUUUAAGUGGAACUAAGCCAUUUCAUAAGGUGAUUUAGUUUCUCAAUCUGUGCAGCUAAAUUAUAUCAUGAUAAGGCUCAAACUUAUUUAAAAAUAGGUGAAAAAGCACAAUUUCAAAGGUGCCCCACUUUCAAAGUUGCCCCACUUUCCCCUAAUGUGGCUGAUCAUUAUUGUGAUUCAUAAUUACGUUAAGCCAUCUCUCGGCUUUAGUCGUAAGUGUAUUUAGGCAUAAUCCGACAAUGCCAUAUCAAUGCCAUUUCUUUUUUUUUUUUUUACUUAUUUUAAUAAUUUUUGUUAAUUUUCUGAUAUUAGGAAUCAGUUUGAAAGGCAAAAUCUUUAUUCGAUUAUGAAGAAAAACUUAUAGUCGUAUUGUAUAACUCUCAAAUGUGGAGCUCAGAGGCAAAAUCGAACAUAUCCUAUGCUUUAGCCAUAGGAUAUGUACAAUUUUGCCUCUGAGCUCCACAAAUAAGGUUAAGUCAAACAUAACCCCAUUUUGUCAUUUCGCAGCUUGAUCGCUAAGUCAAGGAGAUCCCCUUAUCUACGUAAUAUCCUGUAUAUCAUGUUUCAAUAUACAAAAAAAAACAAUUAAAUACACUUUUCCAUAAGAAUUCGUGGUGAGAAUUAAAAACGAGAGAAUUGCGAAACAAAGAAAACGCACGAUUAGUUUGUAGUAAUUGCUUUAUAAAAAGAUGAAAAAAUACAAAAAAAAAACCUGAAUGGAAAGAUGAAAGAAAUUCUUCAAUAUUUAUUGUAAUAUUUAAC